GAACGUGGACCGCCCUGAGCUGUGUCAAGUCUCCCUCUAUGACUUCCAGAAGUUCCUGCUGCACGACCAGAAGGAACCCUGGGCCAGUGAUGUGGGCAUGGUGCGGGACUACAUGUGCGCCUACCUCAAAGAGGGCUCCAGCGAGGCAGCGGACCCCUCUUUCCAGCUGGAUGAGUUCCUCACGUACCUCUUCUCCAAGGAGAACAUGGUGAUGGACGCCAAGUAUGAGCGCGUGGUGCCCGAGGAGAUGAACCACCCCCUGUCCCAGUACUGGAUCUCCUCCUCCCACAACACGUACCUGACAGGGGACCAGUUCUCCAGCGAGUCCUCCCUGGAGGCGUAUGCCCGCUGCCUGCGCAUGGGCUGCCGCUGCAUCGAGCUGGACUGCUGGGAUGGCCCAGACGAUCUUCCCAUCAUCUACCAUGGCCACACACUCACCUCCAAGAUCAAGUUCCUGGAUGUGCUGCACACCAUCAAGGAACACGCCUUCGUCACCUCUGAGUUCCCCAUCAUCCUCUCCAUCGAAGACCACUGCAGCAUCGUCCAGCAGAGGAACAUGGCCUCCCACUUCAAGAAGGUCUUUGGGGACAUGCUGCUCACAAAGCCAGUGGACAUCAAUGCCGAUGAGUUGCCCUCGCCCACCCAGCUCAAGAAGAAGAUCCUAAUCAAGCACAAGAAGUUGGUCGAAGGGAACCUGUACGAGGAGGUCUCCACUGCCAGUUACUCAGAGAACGACAUCAGCAACUCCAUCAAGAACGGCAUCCUCUACCUUGAAGACCCCAUCGACCACACCUGGAGCCCCCAUUAUUUUGUCCUGACAAGCAACAAGAUCUACUACUCAGAGGAGACAUCCCGCUACCAGUUCAAUGAGGAUGAAGAGGAAGUGGAGCAGAAGGAGGAGUUCAACAACAACGAGCUGCACUUCACGGAGAAGUGGUUCCAUGGGAAGCUGGGAGGUGGCCGCGACGGUCGGCAGAUCGCUGAGAAGCUGCUGCACGAGUACUGCACCGAGACGGGCGGCAAGGAUGGCACCUUCCUGGUGCGCGAGAGUGAGACCUUCGUGGGGGACUACACUCUCUCCUUCUGGAGGUCCAGCCGGGUGCAGCACUGCCGGAUCCAUUCGCGGCAGGAGGCCGGCGCCACCAAGUUCUACCUGACGGACAACCUGGUCUUCGACAGCCUCUACAGCCUCAUCUGCCACUACCGCGAGGUGCCGCUCCGCUGCAACGAGUUUGAGAUGCGCCUCACCGACCCCGUCCCUCAACCCAACGCCCAUGAGAGCAAAGAGUGGUACCACGCCAGCUUGACGCGCCUGCAGGCCGAGGCAGGGCAUCACCUCCUGCCCAUCCCCAUCAUGAAGCCGGAGUCUGGCCACCCCUGACAUAUCCCUCCCGGCUCUCUUGGCCCCAGGGCGGAGGGGAAGAUCAAGCACUGCCGCAUCCAGCAGGAAGGUCGGCUCUUCAUGCUGGGCAGCUCGGCUGAGUUUGAGAGUCUCGUGGACCUCAUCAGCUACUACGAGAAGCACCCGCUCUACCGCAAGAUGAAGCUGCGCUACCCCAUCAACGAGGAGACCCUGGAGAAGAUGGGUACCACCGAGCUGGACUAUGGAGCCUUGUAUGAGGUGCGGACCCCCCACUUCUAUGUAGAAGCCAACAAGAUGCCAAUGGCCAGGUGCACAGUGAAGGCUCUCUACGACUACAAAGCACAGCGGGAGGACGAGCUGUCGUUCUGCAAGCAGGCCAUCAUCCACAAUGUCGACAAGCAGGACGGCGGCUGGUGGCGGGGGGACUAUGGGGGCAAGAAGCAACUGUGGUUCCCGGCCAACUACGUGGAGGAGAUCGUCAGCACACAAGCGCAGGAGCAGGAUGAGGCCUCAUCAGAAAACAGCCCCCUGGGGAACUUCUUGAAGGGCUUCAUCGACGUGCCAUCCUGCCACGUCGUUAUCUCCAAAGACGGGAGGAGCUCCAAACCAUUUGUCUUCACCAUCCAUUCCCAGCAGAUGUCCCACGCAGCCCAGUCACUGGACGUGGCCGCGGACACGCAGGAGGAACUCAGCGAGUGGGUGGCAAAGAUCCGAGAGGCCACGCAGAACGCCGAUGCCAGGAUGCAAGAGGGGAAGAUCAUGGAGCGGAGGAAGAAGAUCGCGCUGGAGCUCUCCGAGCUGGUUGUGUAUUGCCGCCCAGUGCCAUUCGAUGAGGACAAGAUUGGCACGGACAAGGCAUGCUACCGGGACAUGUCCUCCUUCCCGGAGACCAAGGCGGAGAAGUACGCCAACCGCAGCAAGGGCAAGAAGUUCCUGCAGUACAACCGGCGCCAGCUCAGCCGCAUUUACCCCAAAGGGCAGCGCCUGGACUCUUCCAACUAUGACCCGUUGCCCAUGUGGAUCUGCGGUAGCCAGCUCGUGGCCCUCAACUUCCAGACGCCCGACAAGCCGAUGCAGCUGAACCAGGCACUCUUCAUGCUCGGUGGCCGCAGCGGCUACGUCCUGCAGCCUGACAUCAUGAGGGAUGAGACUUUUGACCCCUUCGACAAGAACAGCCUGAAGAUCGUGGAGCCCAUCACAGUCCAGCUGCAGAUCCUCGGUGCCCGGCACCUACCCAAGAAUGGGAGGAGCAUCGUGUGCCCCUUCGUGGAGGUGGAGGUGUGCGGCUCUGAGUACGACAACAGCAAGAACAAGACAGACGUUGUAGCCGACAACGGCUUCAACCCUGUCUGGCUCUUCAAGCAGUUUGUCUUCGACAUCAACAACCCUGAGUUUGCCUUCCUCCGCUUUGUGGUGUACGAGGAGGACAUGUUCAGCGACCCCAACUUCUUGGCACAAGCCACCUUCCCCGUCAAGGGCCUCAAAACAGGCUACCGGUCGGUGCCGUUGAAGAACAGCUACACUGAGGACCUGGAGCUCGCCGCCCUCCUCAUCCACAUUGAGAUCAUCAACGCCAAGGAGGAAGAUGAGGAGAACCUCUACUCAUCUAUCCAGCAGCUGCGGGACCGUGCCAGCGAGCUCUCCAGCCAGGUCUCCAGCUAUGAGCGCACCAACGGCUGUGACUCCCGCUACCAGCAGCGCCUCGACGAGCUACGGGCAGCCCAGGAGCGGCUCAUGGAGCUCACCGAAGUCCGCAAUCGCAAGUUGAUGGAGAAGAAGAAGAGGGAUCGGCAGAUGGUAACCAAACGCAGCUGA